UCUCAAUUCUGUUGAUAUUUUCUCAGACCAGAAAUGCUUUGUCUGGAACAUACUCUGCCCCUCAGAGGUCGGCAAGCUCAGCUGCUCUAUUGGUUGGCGACCCAACAAUGAUGAGGGAUAGGGGAGGCAAUUUUGUGCUUCCAAGAGCAGAUGUCAUUAAAUUAAGAGACUGUCUUAGAAAUGAAGAACUGGCUGCUGGGUUAAUUUUCUCCAGAUUAAGAAAUAGGACACUUAGGCAUGAAGCAACUAGUGAUGUAGGUCACCGAAGAGAAAUGUGUGCCCAUGCUCGAAUUCUGGCUUUAGAGGAAGCAAUUGAUACUGAAUGGGUUUACAUGUGGGAUAAGUUUGGCGGUUACUUGCUUCUCUUGCUUGGUUUGACUGCUAAAGCAGAGAGGGUACAGGAUGAGGUUUGUCUGCGACUUUUCCUUGACAACAUAGGAUUUUCAGAUCUUAGUGCCAAAGACAUAAAGAAAUGGCUCCCAGAAGAUCGUAGGCGAUUUGAAAUCAUACAGGAAAGGUAAAAGUAUACUCGGACUGCUCUGGUAAUUCUGCUGCAGUUAUGAGAGUUAGAGUUCUUCUAAAUUU